UGAAACAUUGUUCUUUUUGUUUUAUGAUUUUUAUUGUCAUGAAAAGAAACAUUUUAUGCCCAUCCAUAUAUCUGACAGAACUCAAUGAGUAAAGCUAGAGAGGCUGGAACAUCGGCCAUGUGGGAUAGAGAAGUUACUAUAAUCUUUUGUGAUUUAUGUGUAAGGGAGGUUGAGGUGGGAAAUAGACCCACUACAUUUUUUAACAAAGAAGGGUGGCGAAAUAUUGAAGUUAAAUUCAAAGAAAUGACUGGAAGAGAUUACGAUCGCAUGAAAAUGAAGAACAAAUGGGAUCAGUUAAAGAAGGAUUGGAAACUAUGGAAAGAACUAAAACAGGGAUCAACAGGAAUGGGCUGGGAUCCUGUUAAGCGCACAAUAGAUGCACCAGAGGAAUGGUGGGCUGAAAAACUACAGGACAAUGAGCUCGAGAUAUUCAGGGAAGUCGGGACAAAUGAUGUGUCGAUGUGGACUACCGCCAUUGCUUUUAACAUCGCGACAGACACAUAGUUACGGACGACAAUUCUACAGGUGCCCGCGGUGGGGACAAGGACCGGACGACUGCAAAUUCUUCAGGUGG